GUUUAUUUGGAUUUAAGGGAGAUGGACGGAACUGCACAGGUAAUACACUGGAGAUGGACAAACUUGCUCAGGAUAUUUUAAUAAGUAAACUUUAAUGUCCAGAAAAGUCCUUUAUGACCGUAAAUAGGCGACCUUCAUUGCCGCUCUAUCUAUACAUACAAUCCCAACUAUUCAAGGCUGAGAGUAAUCUGAAACGUCUUUUUAACUCAAAUUAUGGUGCCGAAAGUAGUCAAACACAUUCUAAAUUGUAGUUCUACCCCAUAAUUCAUCCCUCAUUAGAAAUGGUGGAUAAUUUUAUUUUGUCUCACAUCUUUUUAGAUUAGGUUUGCAGUAUUUUGUACAGGUAUUAAUUAUAUCUUGAUUCAAAAAAACAUUUUUCAUCAUAACAUCCAACUCUGGGUUGUGUCGCGGUACGCUUGAUCCCCAUCAGACAUCGACGAGUGUUCCAAAAUGAACAUCUGCGAUGAGCACGCCUCCUGCAGUAACACCCAAGGCUCUUAUAAUUGUGCCUGUAAUCCUAAAUACAUUGGGGAUGGUUUGACUUGUAAAGGUUAGUCUCUUUUAAUCCAUGCCUUAAAAAUUUUUAGAGAUUGUACUGGCUGAACACGCUGUAAAUAUUGUUUAGUGAAUGGCUAUUCUCCUUUGGCCAUGUAACAAAUCACAUUGGUUUUCGACGAACCAUAAUGGAAAAGGGAAGAUAUAUUUGAUUUUUUAUAUCAUAUUUGUAGACUUGAUGUACAUGGCUUUUGUCUUCUAGGAGAGAAAACAGUGAUCCCCAUUAUCUUUUCUUGAUGAUACCUAAUUGUUCUUGUAAAUUGAAUUAUUAUGAGGCUGUGCCUCGAAAAGAUUGAAAGGAAUCAAACAGAAUAAUCUGACCGGCUAAAAUCGAUGUUGACCGCGGUUAAGAUUUUCCCAUUUUGAUCUAUUAAGGUGAUUUCUCAGAAAAAAAGUUAUGUGACAAUCUUUUUGAAAUCUUUCCUUAAAUGUUCCCUACCAAUGUCUGUUUCGGAAGAUACAAUAAAAAACAUAGGUCACUGUGUUUGUUUGAGAGCAUUAGCGGGCAAAACUUCCCAUACUUAUGCCUCUACUAGCCCUUUUUUACGCGCCUCAUUUCACUGUAAAUUUUUCGGUAGCUGGAAGCAAGGGUUUUUAAAAUAAAAAUUAAAAAAAAAAAUAAUAGGUACAAAGUCUCGAGCGUAGGGGAACAAUAUGUUAUGUAAUAUGUGGAAAAAUCACGAAAUUGUAAUCGACAUCGACUCAAAACGUUCCUCGAGUCGUUGUUUAAGGUCAUAAUUUGCAUCAUCAAGUAACGGGCUUUGUGCACGCUUUUAGCUAUAUCUUUUUAUCCCUUCGAUGAUUUUUUAAGUUUCUCUAAUUUUGAUAUGUACACAAAAAUUAUACAAUGAAUAAUAGGCUGGAAAAUUUCUCGAAAGUUUUGCUAGGUGUCGGAAUUGCACAACUUUCUCAAAUUCUCCCAAACUCCUCUCGUGUUUAGACGACGGAAAAAAUACUCUCUUUUGCUUUAGCAGUAAUCGACUCCCAACGAAGUUCGCCGGGCAUAUCUGCUCAGUUCGAAGAAAAACUAUUUACUACAGUACAAUUCCACUUCGACGCAACUUUUUUUAGAGUCAAAUAAUUCUAGCCUUAGGCAAUUUUUGCUGGAGCACUUAUCAACACGUUUGAUGGCUUUACAUUUAUCAACAACCUCUUCUGUGGUCAGCAAAACCUUUUUCUAAUUGCAGCGAGGAUGUAUGGAAACCGAUCACUAAGCGAUUGAGUCACAGACACGCAUUGAAAUUCGUUGAAUAUGGUAACAUUUCGAGGAUUUUGCAUCGAGGCUGUAUAACAAACUUGGCCAUUUUGUCCUCAUUCAAUAAAUAGAGAAUAAUACAUAGGUGCGCGUUUUUAUGGAAUUUCUCUUCGAGUGUUCAACUCGCUAUCUCAUGAGUGAGAGAGCAAACGAGUAAGGUAUCGAGCAAAAGAAUAAAUAUAAUCUCUUGGUAUCGAGUUGAACUCGAGAAGAGAAGUUCCAUAUCUGCAAGCAACCAUGUAUUAUCUUGUUUAUCAUAUAAACACGGUAGGCCUCUAGUGAGAAGAAAAGCCGACUUUUCUAAAGAGUGAAAUUAUAGGUUUCACAAUCUCCGAAAAAGAAGGUGGAAAGCUCGUAGGCGAUGAGCCUCAAGAUUAAAAAAUGCGUUGAACCAUAACAGAAACAGACAAUAGGCGUAACUUUCUUUUCACAAAAUUCUCAGUUUUUGAUUUUUUCUUAACCAAAAGAAGGAAUAUUUUCACGUGCACGGCCAAAAUCGACCCGUGGCAAAUCUUUCAGUUGUCGAUAUUCGUUCUCAGCCGCGAGAAACACCAUCACCCAAGUCAAAAACGUAACUUUCGGUUUUUCUUUUCGUAUUUUGUUUUACUUCCGCUUGUAGGAAAUUUUGAACGACACUGUCUGUUAGAAAUACGACUUUUACCGUGCUUUAAGCAGCCAUAAUCCAAGAAAAUCUCGACAAGCGACCCUGGAUUGAGAACGGUCGACACUUUGCCGUUCAUUUAUUAACCUGACACAGCUGAUUAGCGAUAUCAAACACAUGUAAAAGAAAAAUUAUCGUAAUACUAUACGCGUACUGUUAUGGCUUUUCACACGGCGGGAAAUCCGUGUAAAACACCGCAGUUUAUAUAAUAAUUUUUUUCCUUAAGCUUUCUUAUGAAGAAAUAUAUGAAACAUCUCAUUGACCGAAAUUCAACUUUUUAGCCGAUCCGUGCUAUAAUUACAGAAACCUGAGCGAUGCUGACAGAAAGAGCACAUACAAAACACCCAACGGUGGAGAAAAAUGUGACGACGAUUCCUCAUCCAUAAUAUUCGGGAAAUGGUAUCGUUUCGUUGGAGAUGCUGGAACAAAAAUGCCAACACAAUGCGUACCGGAUUUCAGAUGUAGUGCAGUCUUCUCAGGCUGGCUAGAAGGUGGUCACCCCACUUUGGCAGAUGGUGAGGUUUCCACCAAAGUCUGCUUUACCAGAAGUGGAGAUUGUUGCAAGAAAUCAAAUAACAUACAUGUGAAAGACUGUGGAUCCUACUUUAUAUACAAACUACAAAAGCCACCUUCUUGUGAUUUGCGCUACUGUGGCACAGACGGCGGUCCGUGAUUAUGAGCAAGUUGCUUAUGAUGUUCAUUCAUGUUUUUAUUAGCAUCAUCAUUUACAAGGAUUUUUAAAUCGUGUUAGGUGUGUUAUGGAUGUAUUCUGAAGAAUAGUAUUUUCUAGAAUUCUUAGUCACUGUGACAUUGAUACUCAAAAUUUCUGAUGAAAUAACAUGGAAAACUAGAACAGUUUAUUAGGUUAUGUAAUUAUGAUGUAUUUCUACCACAAUAGUUGUGUUGUAAGCUUCGAAUGUUUUAAAUGUACAUAAGAACUCAGCUAAGAGUAGUAGUUUCUUUUGGCGGAAAAGACUAAAUAUCUAAGAAGCUCUAACAAAAGAUAGCUCAGUACUGUGAUAUACUUCAAAAAUUUGUAUUUUGAGGAGAUUUGGAGGCAGUGGUGAGUCUUUGGUGUCAGUAGGGAGCUAAGUUAUAGUCUGUCAGUGAGCUUGAGCACGCUUUUAAACGACAAUUAUUGUAUAGCCUAUAUAGGAGUAGCUCCUGAGAAAGAAUUAUUACAUGUUGUCUAAUAAAAUAGUUUAAAUUGUAGGAGUAUAGUAUUACUUAUUUC